AUGACCACUACCGCAGGCGAAGAAGUCCGCCAGGGGCAGUUGCCGCUGGUGCCGCGAGAGGUGUUGAUCCAGUUCGUGCUGCCUCACGCGUUCGACUCGUUCGAGCAGGCCCUCGAGCUCAUGCUCCUGUGUCGCGCCGCCCACGACUAUGCCACCACCGCCCGCGAGUUCUGGGAGCCCUUCCUCUGGCGCCGCCUCCACGAGACCGUCAUCCCCUAUCUCAAGUCGGCCUAUCACCGCCACGCCCAACCUCUUGUCAAACUCCUUCAACAAAAGUAUGUGAUGUGGCCGAAGGAUAUUUUGGAGGGCGGGCCGAGAGGGGUGAUGGACGUGGUGCCCGAUCGCUGGGGCGACCUCAACCCGGUCGUGUGCACCAAGUGCAGGAACGUGCAGGCCACGCCCUGGUGGCGCUGUGUCGACUGCCCCGACCACGAUGUCAAGACAAAGAAGAGGAGGAGGAAGAAGAGGGACAAGAUGGUGGACAGGCAGACGUAG